AUGUCGGAGACGGUAGCGCUCUCGUCGCAGCUGUCCGCUGCCACCGAGCCCGACACAAACGCCAAGUCGCGUGGCGCAGUCGGCACCUCCUCGCGCCGCUCCACCCGCAUCGACGCCAACAAGCGCCGCGCCGCGAUGGUCGACCGCGUCGCAAAGUCGGUGAAGCGAGAGCUCAAGCUGCUGGGCUCGGAACUUCAGGCGUGGCAGCAGCCCAAGGACCCGCAGCAGACGGCGCGCAUUCAGCGCGAGUGCGUCAAGCACUUUGUCACCACGCAGCAGCAGCAGCGCAUGCGCGAGGAGGCAUACCCCACCGCCGCAGCUGCCGCGGCGCGGCUCGCCAAGCGGCUCCGCAACCAGUCGCCCUGCCGCCCUUCGGAGACGGUGCCCAUCAUGCUGCACAACAGCUACCAGCUCGCAAAGGCGGACCCGCGCAUCGUCUCCACCACGUGGAACUCGUCUCUCAACUGCAAGUACGACACGCGCACGCUGCCCGCCACGCUGACAAUGUCGAACGGCGAGCGCGGCUGCUCGAUGUCGCACGCGAUCCUGUGGCACGCCUGCGCCUCGUCGGGCGACGACACGCCGAUGCUCAUCCUCGAGGACGACGCGGUGCUCAGCCCGAACUUUGUGGCGCGCACGCGCAAGCUGAUCGCGCGCGUGGAGGCCGCCGUCCCGGCCGAGGAGCGGACCGUCCUCCUCUACCUCGGCGGCGACGUGAUGGCGUGGCGCAAGGAGGAGGACGCGCUGCAGCUCGGCUACGGGCUGCGCGAGUGCGAGUACGUCUACCAGACCUCCUCGUACAUUCUCUGGCCCGCCGCCGCGCGCAAGCUCCUCACGCUGCUGCCGGUGGACGGGCCGGCGGACGUGUACCUCUCGCGGCUGCUGCUCGAGCGCAAGCUGCGCGCGCUCAUGUGCCGGCCGCGGCUCGUGUGCCAGGCGGCGCCGUAUGAGAACGGCGACAUCGACCACACAAACAUCUUCGCCUGAGCAUCUUCGCCUGAGCGGCGCCGCGGUGCUCG